UCGAUCGCCACAAUAUCUAGCAAGCUAGCUAGCUGCGGGAGAAGAUCAACCAUCUCUCCCUGCAGAAAGAUGGCAGCUGGGAUGCGCUUCCUGCAGCUGUUCGCGACCGUUCUCGGGUUUUGCUUCGCGCCGGUCAAGUCCAACUGGAUCCCUGCCACUGCCACCUUCUACGGCGGCGCCGACGGCUCUGACACAAUGGGUGGAGCGUGUGGGUACGAGAACCUGUACAAUGCGGGGUACGGGAUCAACAACGUUGCGCUGAGCACGGCGCUGUUCAACGAUGGUGCGUCAUGCGGGCAGUGCUAUGUCAUCAUUUGCGACACCAGCAAGUCGGAUAUGUGCAAGCCCGGAACCUCCAUCACAGUCUCCGCCACCAACUUCUGCCCUCCCAACUGGGAUCUUCCUAGUGACAACGGAGGGUGGUGCAACCCUCCCCGCCACCACUUCGACAUGUCCCAGCCAGCCUGGGAGAACAUCGGCAUCUACCGUGCCGGCAUCAUCCCGGUCUUCUACCAGCAGGUCAAGUGCUGGAGGCAGGGCGGUGUGCGGUUCACCAUCAACGGCUUCAACUACUUCGAGCUGGUGCUCGUGGCCAACAUUGGCGGGAGUGGGUCGGUCAAGAGCAUGUCAGUGAAAGGGACCAACACCGCAUGGAUCCCCAUGUCCAGGAACUGGGGCGCCAACUGGCACUGCCUCUCGGGGCUGGUCGGGCAGGCACUCAGCUUCGCCAUCACCUCCACGGGCGGCCAGUACCUCGUCUUCCAAGACGUUGUGCCGGCCUGGUGGCAGUUUGGACAAACCUUCACCACAUGGCGUCAGUUUGACUACUAGAACAAACAUUGCUAGUAUUAUCAACUCAUCUCUAGACAUAUACACUACCACUAUUAUUAUCGAAGAGAUGUCUCGUUGUAGAUGUAAUUUCUCAUCUGCGCGUAUGAUUGUUUAUUUGAUUUGAUUUA